ACCACACUGUUCCAAAAGGUUAGAGGAAAAAUUGUAUAUAACUUAAUUAGAUCACCUUUUCUUCCUCUUUCAUUAACAGUGGUUUGCCCGAUUCAAAUAGUAUAGUUAUUGUUAUUAUGAGGUAAAUACUGAUGGGAUAGGUUGGCAGGUUUGACCACACCUCCUGGUCUCUGGAGAGGCACUCUCUCAGCUGGACCAGUACAAAUAACAGUCAUUUCUCCUCCUUCAAGCCACAAACGUGCAGCCUCCUCUGGUCUCCUUUGGCAACAGGAAACAUGGAUCCAAGUGUUUGGAGCAAAGUCAUGUAUUCUUCCAGCAACAUUUGCCUUGACAGCUGUAGUGCAGAGCAUCUCUCCUCUUUUCAACCUAACCCUGUGCCGUCAAACUCAGAUGCACAAGGUGUUUCUUUUCACAAAGACAGUGAGAGCACAAAAAUACUACCAGAGAGUGAUUACUACAGCGGUGCUGAAGCUCAAGGUUCAAGUUUGAUCUGUUCUAGCCAGCUGGAGCUCAAUCCACCCAGAGACGGCACCACAAGAAGGCACCCGUCCCCUGCAUCCGGCCCUUGCGGUCAUCAUGACUGGAACCUAAGCAGUGGCCAUCAGGCGAAGCGUGCCAGAGUGGAGAACAUCAUCAAAGGCAUGACCGGCUCUCCUGGCAUGCACUGCGCAGAUGGGACGACUAAUCAGCGCGAGGAGGAGGAAAAUGAAAGGAUUGGAGAGCUGCCUUUAAAUCAGGAGCACAUUGAGGGAAGUGGGUCCAGCAGCACGAGUCUGAUGGCAAGGAAGCAGCUGGAGAGUCAGCAGCAGCAGCACCUCAGACAGCUCAGAACAAAGUUUAACCACACGGGUGAGGUAACUGAAACCACAGACAGUAGUAAAGAGGAGAAAUAUCCCACAUGGAAUGAUUCUCCUGACACAUGUCCGAGGGAUGCAUUCACAGAUUCAUACUGUGAGUCUGAGAGCAGCAGAAGUAGAAAAUACCAAGGCUGGAAAAAGGUGAAGCUGAUUAACUACUUCCAGUCCAAACCAGAGAGAAUAAAGCUAAUGGCAGAUGUUUUAAAGUAUGAAUUGUCCAGAGCUGUCAGCAGGAGUGUUGACUCUGUUUUCAAAAGUAUGCCACUUUUACAGAGCUCACCCAACGAUGAGGGGAGUGUAGAGACUGAUAGCCCUCUUCAGUCAUCAGUGGCUAAAGAUAAAAAAACAAGUCUGUCAUGUUGUGGGAAUGAAGAGGUGCAAGUCCCAGACGUUCAAACCGAAGCUCUGUCUCUGGUUGUGCAAAAGCCUCGACUGGACAGGCUUACCCUCCAGCCCAGAGUGAGAGCUCAAAAUCAUCCAGACGCUGCUCUGCAUGAUGAUCAGAACAAUCACACCACCAUCGCCCAUCAACACGCCCUGAGAUGCCUGCAAGACGGACGCUCUGAAGUCGGCCAAACAAAGUUUGAGAUGUUUGAUGCACAUUGGAAUUCGGUCAAAGUGAGAUCAAAGGUAAACUCCAGAUCUGUGAGAAGCCCACAGACUCACACUGUGUCAGUGGAUCCGAUGCUUUUAGAAAGCCUGUGCCUCCCUCACGUCAAGAUUGAGCCUGAGAGCCCGGUGAAGAACAACCUGUACAUGCUGAACGAGGGUUUGACCACAAAUCAUCUGAAGAAAGCAAAGCUUAUGUUCUUCUACACUCGCUACCCGAGCUCACUAGUGCUGAAGAUGUGUUUCCAUGAUGUGCAGUUCACACGCUGCAUCACCUCUCAGCUCAUCAAGUGGUUCAGUAACUUCAGGGAGUUUUACUACAUCCAGAUGGAGAAGUUCGCCCGCCACGCUCUCAUAGAAGGGGUGACCGACGUGAGGGGUCUGACUGUGGGGAGAGAAUCAGAACUUUUCAGAGCUCUAAACAUGCACUACAACAAAGCCAACGACUUCCAGGUCCCUGACAGAUUCCUUGAGGUUGCCGAGAUUACACUGAGAGAAUUUUACAUUGCCAUUUCAAUGGGCAAAGAUCGUGAUCCGUCCUGGAAGAAAGCAAUCUACAAGGUGAUCUGUAAACUGGACAGUGAUGUACCAGCUGAAUUUAACAGUCAUCACUCUGGAUAAGAGCCAACCAGAGGACAACGUGUCAAAAAGGUUACGGUCACAAUUUGGACUUACACAUGCCUUGAUAAGCAAACUGCCUUUUUUUUAAAAUAGCACACUACAUUGUAAAUCAGAUUAUCUGGAAAAUGAAGUACAUGCUGGCACAUCUCCAGUCUCCAUACAUGUGGCAGACUGAUAGUCAACACCAGAUGUUAUUAUUGCAUCAUGAGGUAGUUUGUCAUAAUAUGUAUUUUGCUAUAUCCAGCCAUAUUAUAUAGCAAUAAUACAUACUUUGUAUGACCGUGCUGAUGGAUGAACUAGCGAGCUGUCCCAGGUGUACCGUGCCUCUUGCCCAGAGUUCGCUGGGAUAGGCUCCAGCCCCACCGCAACCCUUAAAGAUAAGUGGUAUAGGUAAUGGAUGGAUGGAUAAACAAUUGUGAAACAGAGUUUUCACAAAGUGCAACAGACAACACAGUUAGUUUUUAAGAUGCAUUUAUCUUUAAUAAGCACAAAAUAAUGUCCACACCACAUCAGAAAAAAUGUUUAAUAUUCAGCAGAGGUCAUUAUUGCCACUCUGUAUCUAUGUACAGUGUAUAUAAAAUGGAAAUUACAUAAAUUCUAAAAUGACUGAAUCAGUAAUUCAUGUUUAAUAUCUCACCCACCCCCUACAAACUGGUAAAAGAGCUGUUUCUUUUGCUCUUCCAUACGUACCAUAUGGAUCCAUUUAAAUCAUUCCAAAUCAUAGUGCAGUUGACUGUUCAAAUCAAACAGUCUUCAUCAGUGGCGCUGUGUUCUCAUGUAUAACUGAUCCUUGUCUUCAGUGUUGGUGCUCCAAAUGCAAAUUUCUGAUGUAUGAAAAUUCUGGCUUCUCAGGUUCUCAGGUGCAAAAUUUGUAGGAAAAAAGUUGCUUAUAUUGGCAUUCAUUGACCGUGAUAAUCACACUCUGUGAGGCUGAACUUGAUUCAUUUUAAUAUUUAUAUGCAAUGUGCACAUAGGCAUUUGCAUUGAACACAGUUCCUCAAAAAACUCAACAGCAAGACAAUCCAACACACAAGGUGCAAUCAAGAAGUUCAGAGACUGUUCCUUUUGCGAAUGAGCAGUGCUUGGCAGGGUAAGGCUCAUGCAGGAGGUGUGAGCAAUACUUUUGGGAGUCAGUAUUCCGCUUUACUUCUAACAAUAAACCAGCAGGUGUGCUUUUGUGGUUUCACCAUGGAGCAGAAGCAGCACUGUGUCAAAGUCUGCAAGGAUCUCCGUCAGCAGGUCCAAGAUGACCCGACGUUCAUGUCAAAGAUCAUCACCAGUGACAAGUUGGGUCUAUGACUAUGAUCUGGAGACCAUACAGCAGACUCUGCAAUGGCAGAGCCCGUGGUCUCCAAAACCAAAGAGGGUACAUCAGGAGCACAAAGAAGAGCAUGUUUGUUGCUUUCUUCAACAUUCGCAAGGUUGUGUGAAUUCGUCCCUUAGCAUCAAACUGUCAAUGCUGAGUUCAACUGCACCACUCUAUGGCAAUAAGGGAAAACAUUUGACACAAAUGACCUGAACUAUGGCAUGAUGGCAACUGGGUGCUCCAUUAUGACAACGUGCUAUUGAAAAUGCAAGAUUUCUUUGGCUGCACCAACACAGUAGUUGCUCUCCACCCACCUUACUGGCCAGAUUUCCCCAAAAUGAAAUUCAAACUGAAGGGUUGCUGUUUUGAGACAGUGAGGGAGGUCCAACAAUGGUGCUUGAUGUGUUUACUUCAUGGGACUUCCAUGAAGUAUUCCAAGCCCACCAAGAGCAUUGGGAGUGGUGUAUAGCUGCAAAAGGUGACCUCUUCGAAGGAGAUGGCAGCCAAAUUUAAAUCAGGUACAUUUUUACUUCUUAAAGGCACAGUCUCAGAACUUUUUGAUUGCAACUCACAUCUCUGGGCAUACUUGUGCAAUUUGCCAACUAAUACAUGUUGAAUGUGCCACUGUUUAUUUAAAAUGUAUCACACUAAGUAGUCAUUGCAGAUAUACUGUCUAAACACAAGCCUUUUAACUUGUAUGUAGUCCACAGAUAAAUUUGCAGCCAGUUGUUUUCAGCUUGAUUAAAAGUUUAACUCAAUUGUGAGACACUUGUACAAAAAUAAAGCAUUUCAUUUGCAUACUACCUUCCCGCUUAAUUAUGAGCCAUGGUAAUACACGUUGUAUCUAUUAAGAGAUAGAGAUAUAUUAAUAAUCUAAGUGCAAAGUGUCCAUGAGUGAGAUGGUCCUGGAAGCAUGUACUUGUGUUGCACCCCAUCCUCUGACACUUGCAAACCCAUUCAAGCAACAAACUGAGCCAAAGAAAAUACUGCAACAAGCACAUACUUGUUACAACAGUAAACUGCUUUGAUUUAAAAUUUUUAGGAACUUGUAAAUGACAGCAUCCUCUUAACAGCAAUUACCUCUCAGUAUUGUUUGCUUUAAACGAAAAACAAAAACCACUACCAUUAUGGAAUUGGGAAGCAGUUCACAAAGGUGUA